UGAAAGAAGUUAAAGGUGACAGGCUUGCAACACACACACACACACACAAAUAGAUUGCCUGUAAACUGCAAGGGGGACUGAGCGCUGCCACAAUGGGUGAGCUGACAGACGCUGACAAAGCGAACAUCCGUGUGGUCUGGGAGAAAUUGGCUGCGGAUCCCGAGGGAAACGGCAGGACUGUGGUCCUGAGAUUGUUCACGGAUUACCCUGAGACGAAAAAGUACUUUAAGCAUUUUAAGAACAUUUCAACCCAGGAAGAAAUGCAAAAAUCCGCUCAGAUCAAAAGACAUGGCAAGACGGUGAUGAACAAACUGACUAGCAUCUUUGAAAAACUGGACGAUUGGGUUGCAGUCUGCUCCAUCCUGGAUACCAUGGCAGAAAGGCAUGUUUACACACAUAAAGUGGAGGUAUACAACUUUCAGAUUAUAUUUAAUUUAAUUGUUUCAAUCAUGGCCGAGUCAUUGGGAAGCACCUUUACACCAGAGAUCCGUGAAUCCUGGGUGAAGAUCUUCAGUAUUAUUUACCAUUAUCUUGAGGAAUGCUACAAGAAACACGAAGCCGCAUCCUAAAUUAAUGGCUUGUGGUUGCAAACACCUACUGCUCCAACCGUUGAUAAAUGAAUGAUAUUGUGUCUAAACAACUCUGUACUGCAAUGACUAACAUGAGCAGCAUUUGGAUGGAUCUAUUUGAGAAAAAUGAUGUUUUGACAUUAAGAAUGGAAGGAAUAAAUGAUAAUAUUGUGAAAAAAAUUAAAAAUAUCCAUUGAUCAUCUACAUUGUUAAAUUAUAUAAAGUAAGGAAUAUUUUCUGCUUUAGUUGAGCAAUACCUUACUCAAUUGGUCUGAUUUUAGUUCUUGCAUUUAGCCAGACAAAGUAAACAUUACAUCAAUGGAUAGAGGUGCUGGUCUAGUGGUAUCAUCACUGGACUGUUAAUCCAGAGACCCAGGCAAUGAUCUAGGAACCCAGGUUUGAAUCCCACCAUAGCAGAUGGUGGAAUUUGAAUUCAGUUAAGAUCUGUAAUUAAGAGUCUAAUGAUGACCAUUAAUUGAUUGUUGGGGGGAAAUAAUACAUCAGGUUCACUAAUAUCCUUUAGGGAAGGAAACUUACCUGGGGUCUGGCCUACAUGUGACUCCAGACCCACAGCAAUGCAGUUGACUCUCAACUGCCCUCUGUGCAAUUAGGGAUGGGCAAUAAAUGCUGGCCUAGCCAGAGAUGCCCAAAUUCCAUAUCUUAUUUUAGUUUUGUGGACCCUUUCAAAGACUCCAGGGAAAUAUGUCCUGUUUUAAAAUAUAUAAUUUUACUUUGAGAUUCAUCUUUUUUGACACGUCCCACAACCCAAUGCACCCAGUUAUUUACCUCACUCCAACAAUAUUACAGUAUCCCUCUACCUUAAUCUUACACAAGGCUCAUAUUGGGGUGAAGGUGGAAGUCUUAACCUUGGCUGAAGUUGAAAAAUAUUGCUGCCUUCAAAAAAAAAUCAUUCUCUGUAGGAAUAACUGUUUUGUUUUUUUUUGAAUGCAGCUGCUUUUUGUGGUUCCUCCUGGCAGGGGAUUACUUGUUAUGGUGUAUUCCCACUUGUCUAUCCUUGCACACCCGUACUCGCAGCCACUCUGCAAUAUCCAUCAGCUAACUGUGCUCAGGUGGAUCCCUCUUUCUCUACUUUGACCUCUAGAAGAGUUCUCCAACUUUUCAGCUCUGAUCAAAAGUGAAAUACCGACAUUUGCUUUUCUGGAUGUCACUUUUGAAGAUUUCUAUUGACUCUUGCAAGUUCAAGUCCUCUUCAUUUGCCUUAAUAUAGAUCUUUCAACACACUGCUUAGCAGUCUCCUUUCAAAGGUUACUGUUGCAUUGAUCUGCCAUAGAUCUUUACAGGUUUCUGAGGCAAACGGGAAAGAGGGCAGAAUGUAGCAUCUUAUGAGUUUGAUUCCUGGUUGCAUCUGCCUCUUCCAUUAUCAUUUAGACAAAUGUAGCUACCUGUUCUGCCACGCACUGCAAUCUUCAUUCUAGUUCCUGAUUACAAUUCCGGAUUUCUGGCCUGUCUUUCUGGACACAAUGGAUGGAAAUUUGGGACAAUCAUGACAUUAAACACUGAGCUAGUUAAGGAAGGCCACCUCUUACCCCCUGCCCCAUUUCUUUUUUCCAUUCUGCAACUUCGACUUGUUGACAAAACCAUUUAUUGUGAGAAAAACCAAAUAGUCAAAAAUGCAAAUUUAUACUUCCACUUACCUGAUUUUCAUGCAAAUUGCAAAAUGAGUCAAUGAAAUGCUUUUGGAAAUGUGAGUACAUGUAGUUUGAAUCAUAUCCAUGCAUGGACGAACCAACCACUUGGAAAAAUUACUAUUUUGCAAGAUUGUACCAUGCAAGUUUGUAUGUUAUGCUGGAUUUAAAUCUUACUAAUUUACUAAAUUCCUACAAUUAAUUCAAAAUAAUAUUGUGCAAUGAUCCAACAAUUGCAUUUUUUACAUAUUAACUAUCAAUGUAGAAGCAAUCCAGAUGUCUCUAUAUAUUAAUUCCAUAUAUUUAACCAUUUUUAAAAAUUGCAUUGUAUUUUGAAAACUAUAUUUAGCAACAUUAAUAAAACAAGAAUAUAUUGUUUUAACCUGCCAGCCAAAUUUGACAUAUGGCCUUCGACAUGUACGAUUACAGUUAAAACAAACCUGUUGCCAUGACGGAACUUCUAAAAGUUUUCUAUUUACUUCUUCAGUGCAAUAAAAUGUGUUGCUCAUAA